AAAUAGAGCUUUAAAGCUUCGGAGAUCGUGUAUCGCUGUGCGACGAGAACCCAGCCCAAGUCUCUCGUGCAUCUUUUGCUUCUUUGGAGGAGGAGAUCUCGGUCUCAGUAGAGCUCUCGUCAAUGGAAUCGUGCCCUUCAGUGAAGAAUAUCCUCCUCCUGGAUUCUGAAGGGAAACGUGUGGCUGUUAAAUAUUUUUCAGAUGACUGGCCAACAAACAGUUCAAAAGAAGCAUUUGAGAAAUCUGUAUUUACUAAGACCCAAAAGACAAAUGCCAGAACUGAAGCGGAGGUAGCAAUGUUUGAGAAUAACAUUGUUGUCUACAAAUUUGUUCAAGAUCUUCACUUCUUUGUUACUGGGGGUGAAGAUGAAAAUGAACUCAUCUUAGCCUCAGUUCUUCAGGGAUUUUUUGAUGCAGUUGGUCUUCUCCUUAGAGGCAAUGUGGAGAAGAGAGAGGCACUGGAGAAUCUGGAUCUCAUCUUGUUAUGCAUUGAUGAAAUUGUCGAUGGCGGUAUUAUUCUCGAAACUGAUGCAAAUGUUAUUGCGGGGAAGGUUGCAAGUCAUAGUAUAGAUUCUGGUGCACCUUUGUCUGAGCAGACCAUUAGUCAAGCACUGGCAACUGCUCGUGAACAUUUAACAAGAUCUCUCCUCAAGUGAAGUUUGCACUUAAAAACAUGGAGACAAGAUAAUCAAAUUCACACCUGUAUCUCCAUGUUUCUUCAUUUUCUGAUAUCCCUGAUACCAUGGUGAUCGAUAGGGCAUCAAUUCUCCUGUCUCAAGGUAGUGAUUCUUGAUAUUAGUUGAUGGUGCUGCUAAUUGGCUGCCACCCAAAUUGUCAGGACAUGUGAAGUUGGUUUUUGUAUCUGCUACAAGAUUUUGUUUUAAACUGAUUCAGACCUGAAAUUUAGAAAAUAGCAAUUUAUAAUGGGAGGAAAUUAAGGUGAAUUCAUCAUGCAUAGCCUCUCUUAUGCUUGGUACUAUUUUGACAACAUUUAUCGAGUGGUUUGUUUAUGAGGAAAUACUAUAAUGAAGCUGCGGUUUGCCCUGAUGAGAAGCGGUUUCGACUGCUAUUUCUAAUAAAAUUCUAUUACAGGUUGUCCUUAUUAA